AUGCCUAGACCUCGGAAGCGUAGGAGAUGUAUGGUUGAGGGACAGCCUGAGGCCGAAAGUGGGACAGAGGGCCAUAUAAGUAUUGCAGUUCCAACAGAAGAAGAUUCCUCCUCAUCCUCUUCUACUUAUUCCUCCUCUUUCCCUUCUUCCUUCUCUUCUACCUCUUCUUCCUAUGAUCUAUCAUCAGGCAACUCAGAAGAGGACUGUGAUGCUCCUAGAGCAUCAAGUUCGUCUCAUGGUCCUCUAGGAGCUUGCUCCUCCUGCACUGCUAUGGUUUCCUCUCCAUGUAGCCAGGUCAGUGCAGACUCUGAAGGUGAGGAGGGUCCAGGCCCCUCACAGGCCCUGCAAUGUGGUGCUUCAUUGUCUACAAGUGAGAUAGAUGUCAAAGUAGAUGAGUUGGUAAAAUAUCUGCUCUUUAAGUAUCUUAUGAAGGAGCCAGUAAGCAAGGCAGAAAUCCUGAGUAAUAUCAUUAGAGAAUAUCAGGACCACUUUGCUGUUAUAUUUAGAGAAGCCUCAGAGUGCAUGCAAUUAGUCUUUGGCCUUGAAUUAAAGGAAAUAGAUCCUGCUGGGCAUACCUAUAUCCUUACCAUAGCCCUAGAGCUCACUUAUGAUGGAAUGUUGACUGAUGUUCAGGGCAUACCAAAAACAGGCCUCCUGAUCAUGAUACUGAGCAUAAUAUUCAUGGAAGGCAACUGUAUCAGUGAGGACAUGGUAUGGGGUAUAUUGAAUAACAUAGGCUUAUAUGCUGGGGCUGAACACUUUAUAUAUGGAGAACCCAGAAAACUUAUCACUGAUGAUUUUGUACAGGAAGGGUACUUGGAGUACAGACAGGUGCCUGGCAGCCACCCUCCUUCCUAUGAGUUCCUCUGGGGCCCAAGAGCCUUUGCUGAAACUACCAAGAUGAAAAUCUUGACCUUUUUGACCAGCAUCAAUGGGAGCGAUCCCAGAUCAUACCCAAUGUGGUAUGCAGAGGCUUUGAGAGAGGAACAGCAGGAAUAGGCUAGAAAAACCUGGCCCUUGAUACUACUGCUCUUAGCAGCACACAUUAUAGUGCAUUUACAGUUCCCAAUUCAGAUAAAGUAACGUAGACUCAGUGAUCUAAGCAGCGGACCCUCAAUCUAGAUCUGGUGGGAGGAGAGUGUGAGCCACACCACUCUCGCUCAUCUGUUUGAGUGACUCAGGGAUUUUUCCUCUUAGUAUUCUAAAAUGUUGCUACAUUUUCUAGAAGGCUCAUUAGGCUGAAUUUUAAGCUUCCAGUUUGUAUUAGUCAUGCACUUACUGCUGUUUAUCCAUGUUGAAAAAGCAUUGCUGUUUUGUAAAACAAGUUGGGAUGUUUUCCAUCUGAUCUGCAAGACACCACAGGGUUGGGAUUAGUAUUUUCUGGGUUAUGGGGAAGAACUGGAUAAACAGAAUAAAA